UCAUCCGUGCAAUCGAACUGUGAACUCAUGCUGAAUAUGGGCAAUGCAAUCCAGGUGAUUUGUAAAGCUGCUAUAGCUCGGUGGCUACCCUGAGCGUUCCUCCUCGGUUCAUGUUCUCGCUUAAAGGAGACGCAACAAAGCGCAUAAAAUGGUUGCGCUCCUGGGCCGCUGGAAUAAGUAGGUUUACUAUAGCUUUAAGAAGGCGAAGACGGCGACUGCUUCUUUAAGGUUAUAUCGGGUUAUUUGUGAAUAGAUAAUUAAGAAAAGUUUUCAUUUUGUAAUCAAUAAAUCGAUGUGUUUAAUUUGCGACGAACCUGGCGCAUUCACAGAAAAUGUCCUACAGUCGGAUAAAGGCCUCUCGGCAUCCAAAUGUCUGUAUACUUGAUGUGCGCUAUUCCUCGUUUUGCAAGUAAUCCAGCGGGGCUUUCUGUAGAAUUAAAGACGGGCUGAAGUGUGUUCUCGGUGAUGGAACCGACCAGCGACCGAAAUGAGCACGCACAUAAAGGCAAAGAGCUGGAGGAGCACAAGGCCGCAGAACAGACCCCGGACUCUGGUGCAACCGUCACCCCGCGGAGAGGGCUCAGGGAGCGGGGAGGCACUCGCACAAGAGGCGGCGAUUCUGCUUCACAAGCGACUGUCAAUGGAGCUAUUCGGGGCUCUGGGAGGGUUUUACGGGACCGUUCGACUAGGGCUGUGCCGGCCUGGCUAAAGGAAAGCAAAAGUGAAGACGACGAAGAGCAACACAGCGUUGACGCAGGGGCCAGCAAGCGGAAGAAAGUUUCCAACUCCCGACGGAGGAAAAACGGGGACUCCUCUGGGUCGGUGGAAGCUGGUGAUGGCGUCGCAGGUGACGACUCGAAAGGCGUUGAUUCUGUGGAGGAACCCAAGAAGCCCACAACUAAUAUUGAAGCUGCUUCAGGGGAGGCGAGCGUUAAGGAAAAUGUUGACAUUAAAAAUGGAGAAGAGGAGAGUGAAGAUCUUAGUAGUCUUGAAAAGGAGGACCCUCAAUUUCAGGGUGACACACAUGACUUGAACACAACCUCAGCUUCACUUGAGGGUGAAACAGAUGAGGAAGAGGUUAUCAGCAGUGAUGAAGAUGUUCCCUUCACAGACGAUUUAAAUGAUCAGAGCUACGACCCCAGAGUGGAAAGAUCUGUGGAUGGUACAAAGCCAAAGCGCCGGGUUCCUCUGAGACAAAAGGACAAGAAAGAAAGAGAAAAAGCACCCAAGACAGAGGAAGUUGAAGAGAUAAAAAUGGAGGGCUCGGAUGACUUGAGUAAUGCUGAAUUUGAAGUGAAGCGAGAAGACGACUUAGCAGAGGAACCUGACGGGCCAAGGAAGAGGGGUCGACGGAAAAAAGACGACAAAACACCACGACUGCCAAAAAGAAGAAAGAAGCCCCCAGUGCAGUAUGUCCGAUGUGAAAUGGAAGGAUGUGGCACUGUCCUUGCUCACCCCCGCUACCUGCAGCACCAUAUCAAAUAUCAGCACUUGCUCAAAAAGAAAUACGUGUGCCCUCAUCCUACUUGUGGAAGACUUUUCCGACUUCAGAAGCAGCUACUUCGUCAUGCCAAACACCAUACAGACCAGAGAGAUUACAUCUGUGAGUUCUGUGCUCGUGCCUUCAAGAGCUCCCACAAUCUGGCUGUACACCGCAUGAUCCACACAGGAGAGAAACCCCUCCAGUGUGAGAUCUGUGGCUUCACCUGUCGCCAGAAGGCAUCCCUCAACUGGCACAUGAAGAAGCACGAUGCCGAUGCCAGCUACCAGUUUUCUUGCUCCAUUUGUGGCAAGAAGUUUGAGAAGAAAGACUGCGUGGUGGCUCAUAAAGCCAAGAGUCACCCAGAGGUGCUCAUAGCAGAGGCGCUAGCAGCCAACGCUGGCACUCUCAUCUCGACCCCCGCAGCUGUGCUGGAUGUUCCGGCCAACCCUGUGCAAGGAGAGGUUGAAGGUGGCGCGCAUGGGGGGCUGAACCAGGAAGGACAUGUGGGGUCACAAGUGGCUCAGGUCUCCCAGAUAGCAAAUGUGAACCCACAAGUCAGUCACCAGGCAGUUCUAUUGGGCCAAGAGCCUUCACUCCACACCAUGCAGGUGCCAGUGACACUUUCACUUUCCCCCAUCGACCCCCCUUCGCCUCCCGACACCCACCAGCAGCAGACUCAACUACAGCUCCAGAUGCCCGUCCAGUUUGUUCAACAACCCCCGCAACUCACCCUGAAUUCCCCGGCGGUGGUGGCCCAACAGCAACCCCAGCUCCAGCCUCUUCAGCCCUAUUCCUCCCAGCAACAGAACCAAGGACAAGUCCUCCAAAUGGCCUUCCAGCCAGUUAGUCCAUCUGAGACUCCCAUACAGCAGAUCUCAAUCCUUGCCACCUCUCAGCAGUUUACCAUUUUGCAGACAAUCCCUUCUAGCCCCCCGCUCCUUUCUCCAUCUCAGCCUCAGGAGGCGUCCAACAGUAAAACCUAUAUCCCGGACAAUCCUGCACUGGCUCCUGCAUCCACACCAGCUAACUCUUUCAAUCCUGCACUGGCUCCUCCAUCCACACCAGCUAACUCUUUCCAUUCAACAGAAGGGGCAGGGGCGAACGGUGUGGCCUGGGAGCAAAUGGACCAAGGGGCCGUCCUGUCUGACAACGUCGCGGAAGACGUGCAGCGGGUUGUCAUUUGAAACUAUGAGGGUGCGCACUAACGGAAAGAACCACAUGAUGUCACAACAAUACUGUAAAGCAAAGUUAAGAGGUUUUAUGUAGGUUCACUCAUAUUUUUUAGCAUUUUUUUUUUUUUUUUUUUUUUUAUAGAAUAGGUAGGUUAUCAGGGAACUAAAAGUGCGUGCGUACCUUUGUACAUAGUUGUCCUGUGAACAUCACUAGCUUUUUAUGUGUGUGCUGAUAUAUCAUUGUAAAGCUAUUAAUAAUAAGCUCUAUGAAGGCAUACUUGUAAGUAAUCGACAGCACAACAUUUGAUGUCCAGUGUCUCAUUUUUUAAAUUUAGUUACAAAACACUGUAGAAAUCUAGUAACCAAACAGAUAAUAAGUGUUACUUAAGCCAUGUAUUUAUUUAUUAAGUCCACACCAUAUGUAAUAACCAAUGAGAGGGCUGCCACUAACAUGUAUUUGUGAUUGAGUACUUUUUCGGUUUAUUAAACCAUUAAUUGUUAAAGAUAAGUGUACUAGUAUGUAUUCAUAUAACAUGAAAAUUGACUGUUCUUGUACAUAAGUCAAAGAAUUUGUCAUUAUAUGUUCAUAGAUUUUAACAGAAGAAAUAACCUGUACAGAUAAUAUUUUACAGUAUGGUAUGAACUAUGAGAAGAAAAUGAGGUUUAGGAUCCUGUUGGAGCACAUUUGCCAACUUUUCAUUUAUAGUUUGUAAAUAAAUGUCUUAACAACUA